UUUUUUUUUUUUUAUUAUUAUGUUCCUUUUUUCUAAAAGAUCAAUGCCAUCUAAUAAACAAUGAGUUCUUUUUCUAGUCCAAUUCGAUCUAAUAAUUUUAUACCCAAACAUAAAUCUACUAAUAGAAAGCAUAAUGUUGAUACCAAUCGUUACUUAAAUUAUGAUCCUGAAAAAGAACCCAUUAAAGCAUAUCUAAGAAUAAGACCCAAGCCAGAAAAUUAUAAUGAUUCAAUUGAAAAACCAUACAUUGAAAUCGUUAACCAUGUUGAAGUCAUCAUGCAUCCUCCUGAAAAUUCAUAUAGAGCACGACACAAGCCACCGGAACGGUAUCGAUUUACUCAAGUGUUUGACCAUACAACCGACCAACGUGAAUUUUUUAACGAGACUACACUUGAACUUGUGAAGGACGUGUUGAGAGGGAAUAAUGCGCUUUUAUUUGCGUAUGGUGUGACGAAUUCAGGAAAGACGUAUUCGAUUAUGGGUAAAGAAACAGAGGAAGAUGUUGGACUCUUACCACGGACCCUUUAUACAAUUUUCAAAAGCAUUCAUGACCGUAAAAGUGAGGCUAAACUGAAGCCUGUCAUGGAUAAUCUAGUUCAACCCUAUGAAUGCAACACAGAAGAGAAUCGAGAGAUCCUAAAUAUAUGUCAAUUGCAGGAGAACCUAUCAUUAACGCAACAAGGUGGAGAGAUGAUCGAGAUUGAUAGUAAUUUUGAAUAUGGUAUUUGGGUUUCAUUUAUUGAAGUCUAUAAUGAACAAGUCUAUGACCUCUUGGACGUGAAGAGGAGGCAAAGGACGUUGCAACUCAAGUAUGACCAAAGGAGUGGUAACAAGUAUGUAGCUGAUGUAAGUUUAGUUAAAGUAAAGUCGAUGGAGGAAGCAGAUGCGAUUAUGCGGUUAGGACAUCAAAAUAGACAUGUCUUCUCAACCUUGAUGAAUCAAACGAGUAGUCGAAGUCAUAGCGUAUUUACCAUCCACGUCGUGAGGUGUCCGAUUGAAAAUGAUGAAUUUGUAAUCGAGGAUCCUAAUUUUGCGACUAUUUCAAAAUUGUCUAUUGUUGAUCUAGCAGGUUCUGAACGUUAUCGAAACACGAAUAGUACAGGACAACGACUGAAGGAGGCAGGCAAUAUUAACAAGUCCCUCAUGGUCCUUGGUCAAUGCAUGGAGACACUUCGUAUGAAUCAGAUAAAGACGGAUAUGGGGAAGACGCCUACGAUGGUCCCCUUUCGACAUAGCAAACUGACAGAGUUAUUCAAGAGUACAUUUGAAGGGGAUGGAAAAGCAGUGAUUAUUGUCAACGUCAAUCCCUUUGAUACAGGCUUUGAUGAAAACAAUCAUGUCAUGAAAUUUGCUGCUGUAGCUAGAAAUGUAACAACAACUUGGCGACCUAUUCAACCAACAAAGAUUGAUUUUGAACAAGUAGAAGCGAGUACAAAAAGAUUAAGAAAUGGAGUAUUAAAGAAUAAACAAAAUAUUGAAGAAGGAGGAGAAGACAAAGAAGACGAAGACAACGACGACGACGACGACGACGACGACGACGAUAAUGAUACAUUAUUAAAUGAAAAUGCUCAAUUUAUUGAUAAUUUAAUUGAUCAAAUAGAAGAUUUAUGGGAGAAAUGGGUAGAUAUAGAAGCAAGAAAUAAUACAUUAGAAUUUGAAAUUCGAGAUCAAGUUUCGAGAGAAAUGGAUAUUGAAUUAAAAAAGAUGGAAGAUUUGUAUUUAGCAGCACUAAAAAGAGAAAAUGAUUUAAUGAAUAUUCAGUUAGAGAAUAGAUUAAAGAAAGAUAUUAAUGAUGAGAAUGAUAACGAAUUUCUGAAAAUGGUUCAUGAAAGACAGAAUGUAAUUAUAGAAGAAAUGAACUAUUUAAAGCAAAAAUUAGAACAAACAACAGAUAAAAUCAGUAAUAAUAAUAAUAAUGGUCUUUUACUUGAAAGGAUAGCAAAACUCGAAAAAGAAAAUCAAAAGGAAAGAAAAGAGAGAUAUAAACUUGAACGUUAUGUACGCAUGCUAGAAAAGAAAGAAGACGAUAUUGAAGAUAUGAAUGAUGAUGACGAUUUAAAAAGAACAAUGGAUGUAGAAUCAUUCCAACAAUUUUUAAAUUUAAGAAAGCAAUUACGUCGAAGUAUAUUUAAGAAAGAAGAGUUGGGUGAAGAUGCUGACACAGUAAUGAAGCAAAUAGAGCAAUUUAAAGGUGUUACUUUCAAAUUAGCCAAGGAUACAAAAAUGGGUAAAUUAUUAAAACUAAUUAUCCAAGAAGACUUUGAAAAAGAUCCAUAUCAAAUCCGAAAUCGCGCUAUUCAACUAUUUAAACGUUACUCACAGUUAAUGGACUUACCUGCUGAAUUACCACUUAAAAAUGAAUUUUCCAACUUGAAUUUACAAGAAGAAAAUGAACAAAAAUUCCAAGAUGCUACAACAAUGACAGAUAUAACUGACAUAGAAAAAAGUUUAAAGAUCGAGAAUACUAGAUUAAGACAAAAGAUUAAAAUACUGAAUGAAGGUCAAAAAAGAUUAAAGGAAGCAUUUGAGAAUACAUUAUUAACAAAGCAAAUUUUGUCAAGACCGUUAUUACCUUCAGAAGAUGUUAUCAUGACUGAAAAUAAAAACAAUCAUAACGAUCCUGAGACUAUACACGUCAAUAGCUCAGAGGAAGAAAACGAUAUUAAUGAAUACGAAAGUGAUAUAACGGAAAUACUUAAACAAGAUAGCCGUCAAAAACGUAGAAGGAAACUACGAGAGCGUUAAUAAACUUGUUUUUUAAAAUAAUACUUACUGUGUAAUUAUAAAUGUUCUCAACUUGUAAUGAAUUAUUAUACUACCCUCGAGUAGUAAAUAAAGGAUUUUUAUUUUUUUUAUCAGGUACUGAAUUGAGCUGAAUUUGAAAAUAAAGGGUUGCUGCAUGAACACUAUUUUGGGAUAUAAAUGAAAAAAAACAGGUACGCACAUAGCAACCAUAUAUAUCAAAUUAUACUAGAACACAACUAUUUACAACAUAUUGAAUUGACUUUGUAUUAUGUAUUAUAUUAUCUUAACUUCAAU